UCCGCCAAAUUUGGAUUGGACAGUGUGUUUUCCAUCCCGUUUCCAUGAACAACAUCAGGCAGUAAACACACAAAACCCAUUUAUAAGAGCAAAAGCCUCUACGAAGAUGGAUUUGAAACACAGUGACGCAGUGGAUAAGCAUAAACGAAAGUCUUCUGAGAAGAUGAAACAGCUUCUGUCUUCAGAUGAAUACACACAUCGCGUUGGUUGUGCUGUUCUACGACUGAUUACCGUCUGUGCUGUUGUUCCAGAGGCUGUGCUUUCCCAUGCGUCUAAUCUGACUAGGAAAGAAGUGCAAAUAUAUAACAAAGCCUUAAAGGAGCUGAUCGUGGCUGUGUCUAACCCCCUCGACCAAUUUGAGUGUGGUUUCCAUGGAAGUGAUGUGCUGAAACGAGAACACAUGUCCUGCCUCCUUGAAGAAACGCAUCAUCUCUCUACAGAGACGGAUGUGACCCUGCCCUCUUGUGUGGAUGGCAGCCAGGACUCUGAGCCCCAAGCAGGGAACACGCUGAAUAGAAGUGCUGGUAGGCUCAAGUUGCUAUCCAGCACAUGCCAAACCUCUCCUUCAGAUCUAGACAAAGUAUGUCAAGAGAUGAUGACAAUCUACGAACGGCUACAGGCAGAGCGUGUGAGUCAUCAGGAGUGGGAGAGGGAGCUGAUGGAAAGAGAGGGGAGGCUGGAGGAGAGAGAGAGGAGGGUGGAGGAGGGAGAGAGGAGGGUGGAGGAGGGAGAGAGGAGGGUGGAGGAGGGAGAGAGGAGGGUGGAGGAGAGAUCGGAGGCCCUGGGGAGGCUGAGCGGCAUGGAGGAGGCGCUCAACUCCUGCAUACUCUCUGUUCAGGAGAGACACCAGCGGGAGGUGUUGAAGCUUCAGCAGCUUCUCAAAGAGAGAACGGGGGAGAUCAAGAGGAUGAGUUCCAGCUUCAACGUUAUGAAGAAGCUAAACAACAGCAUGAAGGAACAGCUCAAGGAGCUUGGUGAACACAAUACCAAGUUGGAAAGUCAUUACAAGAGGGUACAGGGGAGACUCGAGAACCUACAGCGAAAAUAUGAUCCUGGCUUGGUCGAGAAGGCCCGGCUGAAUGUGUGUGCGAAGGCGACCCAGUCGAGACGGGAGAAAAGUGGCGCCUCUAGUAAACCAACAAACAAGGGCCCCAUGAGGCCUUCCUCCCCUUCGCUCCUAGCCCUGCUUUUGGACUGGCUGCUGGAGACACAGACCUUCUCUUUAGUAGCCCCACGCCAUGAGACAGCCAGCGAGCCCCAGUGUCUUCCCCCGCAAGUCCUGCUCACCGACCGAUGCCUCCAGAUGUUACCUCUGUUGGCAGAUCAACUCCAACGGACGUCCUUAUCAGAUCCUCCCCUGCUGCUCUGCGUCCUCCGCCUCGUCUACUGGGGUCUGAGACACCUGGACAGCAGCCCACAGCGCGGGGCCUUGUCCUCCACCCUGCGGCGAAUAGGUGCGCAGGUGUCUGCACACCCGCCCGAGGAAAAGGACAGCGGAGACGGGGUCCUGCCUGGUUCCCGUGGCAACAGCGGUCCAGCACACGGGGGGAGUGUGCUCCAUCACAGCCCCUGUCCGCACACGCGUGUCCUCUCCGCCCUCAUUGUUCUACACACCGUCACCCAAGCUGACCUGCUGGCUCAGGCGCUGGGCGGCCUCCGCAGCCAGCUGAGGAGCGAGGGAAGCCGGGGUCUGUUCCUGCAGUACGGGGGCCUGGGGGUCCUGCUUCGUCUCCUGGGGGCCAGCUGCAGAGGAGGCCUGCAUGGGCCCGUAGAUAUCCUGAUGCAGCUGUCCGCACCGUCCCGCUUCCUGGAUCCCUUCCUGGACGCCUGCAGCUGUGCUGACUUCUUCUCGACCAUCUCCAAGCUCCUUCAACAGCCACCUCUUGAUCUACGUCUGCUGGAGAAGCUGUCCAUCCUGCUCCAGAAGCUGUCAAACAUCAGGGGGAACCGCCGACUGUUUGAGCGCUCCUCCCUGCGCCUCCUGCUGCAGGAGAUGCAGCGCACCACCGAGCCGUCCUGCAGCUUCCUCCGCAUCAACCUGGGCUCCAUACUGCUCAACCUCACGUGAGGCGGCCCGGGAGCCAC